CCGGCUGGCUCGCCGCUGCCCCCCCGGACCAGCCUUUGGGGUUGACCUUCGCUGACCUCGCUCCCCAGGUUGAAUCGACCAAAGCAAUGGUGAUGGAGAAGCCGAGCCCCCUGCUGGUCGGGCGGGAGUUCGUGAGGCAGUACUACACGCUGCUGAACCAGGCCCCCGACAUGCUGCACAGGUUCUACGGGAAGAACUCCUCCUACGUCCACGGGGGGCUGGACUCCAACGGCAAGCCGGCCGACGCGGUCUACGGGCAGAAGGAGAUCCACCGGAAGGUGAUGUCGCAGAACUUCACCAACUGCCACACCAAGAUCCGCCACGUGGACGCCCACGCCACGCUCAACGACGGCGUGGUGGUGCAGGUGAUGGGGCUGCUGUCCAACAACAACCAGGCCCUGCGCAGGUUCAUGCAGACCUUCGUCCUCGCCCCCGAGGUAGGCGCCCCAGGCCCCGCCCUGCAGCCGGGGCCCGGGCCAGAGGUGCGAGGGAGCGCACUCCCCAGAGACGCCGGGGAGCAGCGGGUGACGGGAGGGGCCUGCGUGUGGGCCACUCCCUGGCCGGGGAUGGACCUCAGGCCACAGCAGCCUGAGACCGUCCGCGGCCACAGGGAGCCCCGACUCGCCGUUGCCGAGGCGCCCUGGAGCUGCUCAGCAGGACGGGUCUGUCCAGUCGUCCGUGCGGGGAGGGCACGUGACGCCGGCGUUCUCGCACCUGGGUCCAUGGCUGCGGGUGGCCACGGGCCUGUCGCUGCAGGCCGAGUGCUCCCCCGCGGCCGGGCAGCCGUCGUGAGCCAUGUCCUCCUUGUGGAGGGCGUCCCCUCCCCGCGGUCAGUUACCCCUCGGGUCCCACGGGUGGCGCUACACCAGGGCAGCCCGAAGGCCUCGGCCCUGGACUCGGCCCGGCCCUGGACUCGGGCCUCCUGGUCUCCCUAA